AUGUCGCCUUUCACUCUCGCCAUUAUAUCUCUAUUCCUUGCCGCCCUCUGGUCCUUCAUAUAUCUUCGGCGGAUCGCCUCACCGUCGAUAACUAGAAAAAAUGGCCGUCGACUUCCACCAGGCCCCCGAGGCUUGCCCGUCAUCGGAAACCUCCAUAUGCUGGGCAACCUCCCCCACCGCAGGCUCCAUGAGAUGUCCAAAAAGUAUGGCCCUAUUAUGUCCCUCCGGCUAGGCCACGUGCCCACUAUUGUCGUUUCAUCACCGGCCGCCGCCGAGAUCUUCCUCAAGACCCACGACACCGUUUUCGCUAGCCGGCCAAAAGUCCAGGCCGCGGAGGUCUUGUCUUAUGGCACUAAAGGCAUGGCUUUCACUCAGUAUGGUCCGUACUGGAGAAACGUGAGGAAGUUUUGUACACUGGAGCUUCUCAGCGCCACAAAGAUCGAGUCACUUUCCGGUAUGAGAAGGGAGGAGCUUGGGUUGUUGGUGGAGUCGCUAAAGAAGGCGGCGGCGGCGCGCGAGGUUGUGGAUGUGAGUGAGAAAGUGGCGGGGCUGAUUGAGGACAUGACCUACAGGAUGCUCUUUGGACGUAGCAAGGAUGAUAGAUUUGACCUGAAGGCUGUCAUUCAAGAGGCAUUAGAACUGGCUGGAGCUUUCAAUCUGUCAGAUUAUGUACCCAUCUUCAAGCCACUUGACCUUCAGGGAUUUAAUCGACGCUUCAAGGCAAUCAGCAAAGUUCUUGACCAAAUCAUGGAGGUAAUUAUCAAUGAGCAUGAACAAGAUGCUAGUAGAGGACUUCAAAACCAUGACAAGGACUUCAUCGACGUAAUGAUAUCAUUGAUGAACAAGUCCACCAACACUCAUGAUCAGGCGAAGAGGUUGUCCUGGGAUGCAUUUGGGGUUAACCAACGUAAGAUUGGUGGUGGCUCAGUUAGUGCAUUGCUUCAACUGGGAGUUACCUAA